UUUCACGAGCUCCUUGGUUCGCAAUUCACGUGACAAGAAUUCCCAGCUUUCCCGAUCCCAAAUCCAGCUCACUAAACAAAGCAGCAGGCAAGCGCAUCGCCUAGUGGAGCAACAAACAAAACGCACCACCCAAGCAACGCAUCCCCGCUACCCUGUCUGCCGGUCCGGUCUACCCCCUCUCGCCGGCCGCUCCGUCUUCCCCCCCUCCAAAUCGCCCCCAAGAUCCCCACCCCGUCCCAGACUCAAACCCAAAAGCCGCCAGCCAUGUCGUCCCGCUUCACCCAGGGCGGCGACCACCGCGGGGGCGACUCAGGCGACGCCGCCCUCGCCCGCGACAUCGUGACGCUCCACAAGGCGCUCUCCCUCGACCCCUCCACCCACCGCCGCCGCUCCCUCCCGCUCCCCGCCCCGUCCCCCGCCGAGCAGGCGCGGCACAAGCCGCGGCUCAAGCCCUCCUCCUCCUCUUCCUCCUCGCGCAAGCUCCUGCCUUCUGCCGCGGCCAACUCCUCCGCUUCCACCUCCUCCUCCUCGUCUUCGUUCUGGAAGAAGUCCCUGACCGCCAUCUCGCACCUGGGCCGGCGCCGCCUCGACUGCGCGUUCACGCUGCACGUGCACUCGGUUGACGGCCUCCCCGCGGCGCUCGACGGGUCCCCGGUGUCCGUCCAGUUCCGCCGGAUGUCCGUAUCAGCGUCCACGCACCCCGUCGCGGCGGCACUCGGCGCCGCCGCGUUCGAGGAGGCGCUCACGCUGCGCUCCCCGGUCUACUUCUCCCGCGGCGCCAAGACCGCAGUCAAGUACGAGCCGCGGGCCUUCGCCGUCGCCGUGGCCGCCUCUUCGCUCAACCUCGGCAGGCACGAGGUCGACCUCACCAGGCUGCUUCCGAUCUCCUUCGAUGACCUCGAGGACGGCGGCGACUCCGGGUUCGGGAAGUGGAGCACCAGCUUCCGGCUGUCCGGCCCCGCCCGCGGCGCGCGGCUCAACGUCACCUUUUCGUGCGCGCUCGUCGGUGGAUGUGGCGGCGAGCAGCACAAGACCGGGGAGGUAGCGGGGCUGCGGCGAGGGUCGAUGGCGCGGCCGGUGUCAGUGCAGGCGCCGACGCCAGUGCCAGCGCGGAGCAGGGAUGUGAGGGUGCUUCACGAGGUGUUGCCGAGCUUGAGGUCUACUUUUGUUGGUGAUGGGGGUCUUGAUGCGAGGAAAGAAGAGGUGGUGGCAACAUUAGACAACUGCUUGGAAGAGGGGUCGCCAGAGUCGAAGCAUUGCACAUCAGUAGAGGUUAAGAAGGUGGACUUGGUGCAUCCAGAGGGUGGUUGCGACGGUGCGGAGUUUAGUGUUGUUGAUCAUGGAGUUGAGGUAUCCUCAGAUGACCCAGAAAGGCUCAAACAUGUGGAGACUAGCAAUGUGGCUGUUCAAAAGGAAUUUGGGUCUAAAAUUGAUGAAGAGGGAAAGGUCAAACCUGUGCUAGCAAGUGAUGAUCUCACUGAAGACCAGACUGUUGCAGUGAAGCCGGAAGAGGUGGCCUGUGACGAUGAUCUUGCUGAAGAUCAGGCUAUUGGAGUGAAACCGGAAGAGGCGGCCAGCGAUGUUGCUCUUCAAAGGAAGAAUGUGGGAGACAUGCUGGCUGAAAUGACCAAAGCAGCGUCACUGUCUACUGCAGUGCUGGAAGGGGAGGAUCAGUUGGUACCAGAUACAGAACUGGAGGAUUUGGAGUGUAUAUUCAACAACCUCUCAAUUGAUGAUCCGGAGGAAUUUGACUCGCCAAUUGCAAACGAUAAGCUUUCUAGGCGAUUGAGCUGCGUGGGUGUGACUGAUAGUUACAAGUCCACCAGUAGGAAGAGCAGAUCAUGCAGCAUGGAUGCUUCAUCUGAUUAUGUUGCUAGUGAGUUCUUGGAUAUGCUUGGGAUAGAACAUAGUCCAUUUGGUCGAACCUCAGAUGGUGAUUCCGAGUCACCAAGAGAGCGGCUUUGGAAGCAGUUUGAAGAAGAAGCUCUAGCAUCUGGUAAUGCUAUUCUUGGUUUGGACUUCGAUGAUGGAAUGGAAGAACCUACAUUUGAGGAUGUUGUAGAGGAUUUUGAUCUCUCUGCAAUCAUACGUGAGGCUGAACUUGAGUUACAGAAUGGAAUUCAGGCCAUAGAUACUAGAUUUCGAGCUAAGUCGUUGGAAGAUGAGGAAACUGAAGCGUUAAUGCGUCAAUUUGGGCUAAAUGAGAAGUCCUUCCAAUCUUCUCCACCUGGAAGUAGAAGUGGCUUUGGUAGCCCCAUUGACCUCCCACCUGAGCAGCCCCUUGAGCUACCACCCUUGGCCGAUGGUUUGGGUCCAUUUAUUCAGACAAAAGAUGGAGGAUUUCUGCGGUCAAUGAAUCCAGCCCUGUUCAAAAAUGCCAAGAACAAUUGCAGCUUGGUCAUGCAAGCUUCUUCUCCGAUCGUAUUGCCUGCAGAGAUGGGCUCUGGGAUUAUGGAGAUAUUGCAUGGUCUGGCCUCAGUUGGAAUUGAAAAGUUAUCAAUGCAGGCAAACAAACUUAUGCCCUUAGAAGACGUUAAUGGCAAAAUGAUGCAGCAGAUUGCCUGGGAUGCUGCUCCAGCUUUAGAGUCUGCUGAAAGAUAUGACCUAUUGGACAAGCAUAGCAUGGAUGCGUUGGUAGGAGGAGGUAGCUAUGCUGCCCUUGGUAAGAAGAAGAAAGGGAGGUGUGCUGAUCUGUCAUCAUCUUUGGGUGGGGAAAGUGCUUCAGAAUAUGUUUCGCUUGAAGAUCUUGCACCAUUAGCUAUGGAAAAGAUUGAAGCCCUUUCCAUUGAGGGUUUGAGGAUACAAUCUGGCAUGUCAGAAGAAGAGGCACCCUCAAAUAUCAGUGCCCAGCCUAUUGGGGAUCUUUCAUCCCUGCAAGGAAAGUCUGCAGAGAAUACCUGGUCCCUUGGUCUAGAGGGAACUGCAGGCUUGCAGCUUCUGGAUGUUAAGCAAAGUGGAGAUGAAGUGGAUGGUUUGAUGGGCUUGUCAAUCACUCUAGAUGAGUGGAUGAAGCUUGAUUCUGGGGUAGUGGAUGAAGAGGACCAGUACAGUGAUCGGACAUCGAAGAUACUUGCUGCUCACCAUGCUAAAUCAAUGGAGUUAGUUGCUGAAAGCUGGAAUGGAGACAAAAAGAACAGGAAAUCUGGUAGAAGAUGGGGUUUGUUAGGGAACAACUUCACUGUUGCUCUCAUGGUUCAACUGCGUGACCCACUACGUAAUUACGAGCCAGUUGGCACUCCUAUGCUUUCUUUAAUUCAAGUGGAAAGGGUUUUUAUCCCCCCAAAGCCCAAGAUUUACACUACUGUCUCAGACAAAGGUAACAGUGAGCAAGAUGACGAGGAGCCCAAGACUGAAGAGGUUCCAGAUAAGGCGUUGGCCACGAAAGAGAAGGUUGAGGAAUUAGAAGAUUCAGUUCCUCGGUUCAAGGUUACAGAAGUGCAUGUUGCCGGUUUCAAGAGCGAACCUGAGAAGACAAAACCAUGGGGUAAUCAAACGCAGCAGCAGUCUGGCUCAAGAUGGCUGCUUGCAGCUGGCAUGGGCAAGGGCAAUAAGCAUCCCCUGAUGAAAUCCAAAGCUAUAGCGAAGCCAACCAAAGAAGCAGCUGGUCAGGCAGGAGACACCCUCUGGAGCAUCUCUUCACGUGUUCAUGGAGCAGGUACCCGAUGGGGUGAGCUAGCAGGACCUAAGAAUCAUUCACGGAACCCAAAUAUCCUCCUUCAAAAGGACAAGAGAUUUCGGUGAUGGCUUGGCGAUUCAGUAGUUAGCACUUAGAUCUAUCUGGUAAGGAGGGGGCUUAUUUAUCUGCAAUCGGACCUCACCGGAAAUGUGGUUUGUCACAUCAUGUACAUUGAGUUCACUUGCAUACCGAACCAUUUAGGAUCAUGUUUUUUUU